AGUUCAGUGUGUAUCCUGAAGGCAGACAGGGGAGCCAGAGAUACACACACACACGCUAAAGAAAACACGUCUUCUAUGGCUGCUGCGGCCACUCCUCCUGAAACAACAGCACUCUCUGUUCUCCGCCGCCGUAAAAUGACUCAGUAACGACUGAAAAGUGAUGUGCAACGACUUUAAAAGACCCCAGCCGAUGCAACUUCACACAGGAGGCGUCUGUCCGAUGCGGCGUCCACAAUCCGAAGCGCUGGGACUCGAGAAAUCUGCAGGAAUAAAACGCGCCUCCUUCAAGCAGUUGGAUACACUCACGCGAAUUCUUUAACUUCAUAUAUGGAUUAUUCGAGCCUUCAGACACAUUGAAUGGAUUAUUUUAUAUUUAAACAGUGAACUGACCGCUAAAAUCCUCGCUGCAUUUUAAAAGCCAUUAUUAUUGUACUUAAGCUCUGCAGGACACACGAUCCUUGCGCACUUCUGACUAAAAAAAGCGUGAGUGAUCCAUGUGCCAUUAAUGCACCAGGAGAUGUUUCCACCUGCUAUCACACAAAAAUGACCAGUGCAUGUAUUUAUUUAGGCAUUUAGUGAAAUAAAGGCACUGGGUUGUUGCAUAAAGCAACUAAAAGCUUUGUCCCGGAGUCCUUGGGAGAGAUGGAGGGACAGGAUGGCAAAGGGGAUAAUAACAGUAAUCAAAAGGCAGACAAGAGGUUUACUCUUUGGUACAUGGGCUGGUCGUCUCUGGACAGGCGGACCACGCUACCCAUGCUGCCCUGGCUGCUGGCGGAGAUCCGGAGGAAAAGUGAGAAGAACGAGUCCGGUCCCGCACAGGCCAGAGAAGUUCAGCUGUAUCUCUCGCCCUCUCUGAUCCGCUGCGUGCCCGCGAACAGCAGCAACCCGUCCGUGUUCAUAUUCGAGCACAAAGCACAGUUUGUAUCCAGGUUUAUCCACAAUAGCCAUGACCUGUCUUAUUUUGCCUACCUUAUCAAAAGUCAGCCGGAUAACCCCGAGUCUGAGAUGGCAUGCCAUGUGUUCAAAGCAUGUGAUCCAAACCAGGUGCCUGAGGUUAUUAGCAGCAUUAGACAGGUGUCCAAGGCUGCUCUUAAAGAAGAAAGCAAGCCCAGGCAAGACAGCGAUGAGUCUUUUUACAACUCCCAAAAAUUUGAAGUGCUUUACUGUGGAAAAGUGACAGUCAGCCACAAGAAAGCGCCUUCCACUCUGAUUGACGACUGCAUUGACAAAUUCCGCCAGCACGAGAUUGAGCGCAAGCGUCUGCGGCUCCUCAAUGGCCAGCGCAGCUCCACCGAGGCCCACGUGGAGUUCAUUAUGGGUGAAGACCCUUUAAGCUCCUCCCUCUGCAAAGUCGACGAACUCGAGCCCAGCUUGAUUGAGGAAGAGCUGUCUGAGAAGGGCAAUGGGAAUCUGGACCUGGCUAGUUCCUCCAGUACAGGCAGCCUACUAGGGGUCUUUCCUGAAAGUAUCUUGGAGGACUCUGAUUUUGGGGAGCAGCAGGAGAUUCGUACACGCUGUAAUAGCUUGGCGGGCGGCCUGCAGAAAAAGCCCAGAGAGGCGGGCAGGGGGUCGACUCGUAGGAGACAUGCUAGCGAGCCCAAUAAUGUGCAGCCUUCUGAUGCUGACAAGAAUCGCACAAUGCUGUUCCAGGUUGGACGCUUUGAAGUGAAUCUCAUCAGCCCUGACACCAAAUCUGUGGUUCUGGAGAAGAAUUUUAAGGACAUCUCAUCCUUUUCACAGGGUGUUAAAAAGACAGAUCACUUUGGCUUUAUUUGUCAGGAUGUGGUGGAGUCUGGCUCAGCCCAGAAUGUGUGUUACGUGUUCCAGUGUGCUAGUGAGUCUCUGGUGGAUGAAGUAAUGCUCACCCUGAAACAAGCUUUUUCCACAGCAGCAGCUCUACAGAGCUCCAAGAACCAAAUCAAACUGUGCGAAGCUUGUCCAAUGCAUGACUUGCACAAGCUCUGUGAGAGAAUAGAAGGCUUGUAUCCUCCCAGGGCGAAGCUAGCCAUACAGAAGUACCUGUCCGAACUGAGCGGUGACGAGCAGGUCAACAUAUUUGAGCGGGUGCAGAAAAUGAAGCCUGCGUCCGAUCAUGAAGAAAACGAGCUUGUGAUUCUUCACCUCCGACAACUGUGCGAGACCAAGCAGAAGUCUCAUGUUCAUAUCGGAGAGGUCCCACAGAAUGCUUCUGGCAGCACCCUGACCUCUGAUAACUCCAGUGCAGGCCGCAAUAAACUGGACGCUUUGAAGAACAAAGCCCGGAGUUCUCUGACAAGCUCCCUGGAGAACAUCUUCUCACGGGGGGCCAACCGCAUGCGAAUACGUCUCGGCAGCAUGGGAAGUUUUGACCGCCAGGGCGACUCCCCUGGUGAUUCCCCACCUGGAACUCCACCCAGUUACCUUGAGGAGGACCCAGAUGCGCCGCAGUUCCGUCGCCGGGCGCACACCUUCAGCCACACGCCCAUAAAAAAGAAGAUCUCCUUCACUGAGCUUUCCUCCCAGGCCUGUAAGGCUCCCCUGCACCGACAGCAGUCUUUGGGCCCAGAGCUGCUGCAGAGCAGCACUGUUGGUUUCUCGAGAGUGCGCAGUGUCUCUGAGAGCGAGUCCUACUUCAGUCUCUCAUCCUCCUUCCACACCCCCACUUUCCUGAAAACCUUUUACCAGGGCUCCCUUGGCUCACUGGCCUCCCUGUCGGACAGCGGGAGUCUUAAGAGCGGUAAUGGAGAGGGCAGGAAGAGGUCUCUGUCAGGCUGUAGCACCGAUUCUUUGACUUUAGUGCCUCCACGCAGAGUUUCUUGGCGCCAGAAGAUUUUCCUAAGGGUGGCGUCACCCAUGAACAAACCCUCUGCGUCUAUGCAAAACGUGGACCACAUGGAUGGCCAGGAGCUGCUGCCACUUUCACCUCGGGCUUUGAACCGGGGUCAAAACCCUCAGGUCAGCCGCUUGUCACCAGAGCAAGGCUUUGGUGGAGAGAAGGGCCGACGCAGCCCAGCUGAUUACAGGGCCCUGUGGAAGAAAGCCAUCCACCAACAGAUUUUGCUCAUCCGCAUGGAGAAAGAGAAUCAGCGCCUGGAGGCGAGCCGUGAUGAAUUGCACAUUCGGAAACUGAAGCUGGACUACCAGGAAGUGUGUCAGUGCUCAAAAGAGGUGCAGGCCCUGUGGGACAGGAAGUUGAGCAGUCCCUGCCGCACUAAAGUAAAGUGGGACAAAGAAGAGAUCCACGGUGCGGUUUAUCAAGGGGUCCCCAAAAGUCGGCGAGGUGAAGUGUGGCUCGUGCUCACCCAGCAGUAUCGUUUGCGUCACCGUCUGCCGCAGAGGCAGCAGCCCCCUGAAACGUCUUAUCAGGAUCUCCUCAAACAGCUCACAGCACAGCAACACGCCAUCCUGGUCGACCUCGGCCGGACAUUCCCCACACACCAGUAUUUCAGCACUCAGCUGGGAGCCGGACAGCUGUCUCUGUACAAUCUUCUAAAGGCCUACUCCCUGCUGGACACGGAGGUGGGCUACUGCCAGGGGAUCAGUUUUGUGGCCGGUUUGCUGCUGUUGCAUAUGAGCGAGGAACAGGCUUUCGACACUCUCAAGUUUCUCAUGUACGACCUAGGCAUUCGCCGGCAGUACCGUCCCGACAUGAUCUCACUGCAGAUCCAGAUGUACCAGCUGUCCCGACUGUUGCACGAUUAUCACCGUAACCUGUACACUCACCUGGAGGAGCACGAGAUCUGUCCCAGCCUGUACGCCGCACCCUGGUUUCUCACUCUCUUCGCCUCUCAGUUCCAGCUUGGCUUUGUCGCCCGUAUAUUUGACCUCCUGUUUGUCCAAGGCACAGAGGUGAUUUUUAAGGUGGCGCUGUGUUUGCUGAGCAGCCACGAGGGAGAGAUACUGGAGUGUGACGGCUUUGAAAGUAUUGUAGACUACCUUAAAUCCACCAUCCCCACCCUCACUCACAGCCAGAUGGAAGAGAUAAUCACCAAGGCAACUGAGAUGGAUAUCUCCAAGCAGCUGCAUGCGUAUGAAGUGGAGUACCACGUCCUGCAGGAUGAGCUGUCAGACGCCCCUCCACCAUCAGAGGACUCGGAUAGGCUUGAUAAACUGGAGAAAGCCAAUGUACAGCUCAAGAAACAGAACAUGGAAUUACUAGAGAAACUACAGGCGGCUCGUUUGAAGAUUCAGACAUUGGAGGGCAGUGUGGAGAGCUUCCUGUCACGCGAGAGCAAGAUGAAGCACCUGAUACGUUCUCUGGAACAGGAGAAAGCUUCCUACCAAAAGACCGUUGAGCGCAUGCGUAGCAGUUUACCAUCGGAUGCCAUGGCUGAAGUGGAGAUGACCCAACUCAAGUCCAGCACCAACGGGAAAGCCAAAGAAACUGGUUGCAAAAAGCCACAAUCCUACUGACUGAUGCUUCAUUAUAGGUACGUCAGUAGAGAGCUAGUCUGUUUCUCCUCUUUUGUGUUCCCAUCAUGCUUCACCUUGGAUGACAUAAUUGAAAAACAAUUGAAAUAAUACAGAAGUGUCUUUCCAAAGAGCAGCACAGCUACUCCAUGUACGAGGUGUGUUGUAUUAAUGUCCUCAUGUGACUAAAUGCUCACUGUGAAGGUUUUUUUUUUGCCUGGCACUCCAAACCAGGUGUUUGGAGGAAACCAAAUAUUUACCAUGUCGACCUUUUGCUUAAAGUGCUUCACCUAAAGUGCAGGCAGGAAGUGAAACCAACUGCUACUGGAUGAUUUCCUCUGCGACUUGCAAACACUCCUGCUGUCCAGACUUCCCAGUCUGAGCUAAUGGACUUCAAACGAAUCACUGUCUGAAGACACGAGGAGUAACUUGUCCUCAAAGCAUCAUCUUCACUAUUGCACAGUAUUCUGUGUGUGCGUUGAAGAAGUGUGCCUUGUGUUGCAUACUAUGCCGUAAAAUGUGUGUGUGCAUUCUUUAAAAUGCAGUGUAUAAUGGUUGCCUGGGCGUAAAAAAAUCUCAAUCCUUUAGGGAGUUUACCAUUGUUUGGGUUUCUUUUCAAAUUAUCUGUAGUUUUGUGUGUGUCUGUGUGUUGCACCAACUGUAUUUGUACAUCUGUUCAAAUAUUUUUGUAGUGCAUAAGAGUGCAGGGGUCUUGACAUGUUCAAAAUAUUCCUCUGUGUCAUGGUGAGCGGCUCACAAAAGGGUCUGCUACGAGGAGAAUAUGUCAGAAUUCAUAUACAGUAGAUAUCAAAUGCUAAAGCAUUAUAUUUCUUCCAUUUCUUUUUUAUUUGACAUUAGUUCAAUUUGGCCUAGGCAUAUGAGCCUAAUGCAGCAAAACCGACAGAUGAGAUAUUGGUUUAAACCACCUGUUCAGCUUGAUGGUGGCCAAAUAUGAUUGUACAUAUGUCAUGAGAGAUAUGACACUGUAUUGGUCACCCAUCUAACCACAUGAAUGUAAAUUUAAAACAGGAAUCUCUACUUGAACACUAAUUUUUGUUGGUCUGUUUUCAGAUUGUCUAUGUUUGUCUUGACUAAAGCGAUAAGAACUUGCCUCGUCCUAAUGGAAGGUAAAAAGUGUUGUGUAAAUGUAAUCUUCUGCUGUUCUAUGUUUGUGUGAACAUAAUAUGGCAAAAGAUGAUAUUAAGAAGUGUUAGUGCUGGGCUGGUGGUGGUUUUCAGUGCUCUGAAUAAUUUGUAUGAUCAAUUUUCUUCCAGAUAGUGAUUGUUUUUUGGAUCAUUUUCUUUUAUCUUUUUUUUUUUUAAAUACAUCUCUGUGACAUUGCAAAUCGAAAAGACUUGCAUAUCUUUGGAGAAAGUGAAAACAUAUGCACGUUUAAUCAAGGGCUGCAAAUACAUCACCUGUUCAGUGGAGGUAUAUUCUAGCAAUACUCCUGCACCAAAGUGUAGCAGUGUGAAGGACAGAGGAGAAAUCGAGCAAGAACAAGGUCACAUUGUCCAACUUUUCAGUAUUUUUAAUAAAAUAUGAUGUCUUCAUACAAAAAAAGACAUAGAGCAAAUGGUCUGAUGGUACGAAGGUUGAUACAUCAGUCAUUCUUUAUCAUACUUAAUCCAGUGUGCCAAAACUUGGUGAUCAUUACCAUCACAUUUUCACUGUCACGGGCCGUUACUUCUCAAUGACUCCUACACGAAGAUGUUGAGUUUUGUUGGAUUACAUUUAUUUCAGAUGCACUUUUGUUUGAAAUGAAUCUCUGGUCACCAUUGAAAGUGUGUGUGCAGUGUGUUGACAAUGUCUUGAUUGUUGAGUUGUCAGUCCUCUAUAAUCUAUUAAAAUCAACUUUUUGUACCUCAA